ACCAUUGACGCUACGCACUGUCAUUCCUGUCUCCAGUUCGAUUCCGUCGGAUCCAUGGCGUGCCGCAUUAAUUUUCCGCUCCGGUGCCCUUACCGUUCGCCGUAUUUUGCGCCUACUUUUCAAACCAGAAUCUCUAAUAACCUUAUUUCAUCGUCUCUUUCUCACGCGAAGAUCGCGUGUUCCAGUAGUCGGCGGCGCAACGUCGUCACUGUGAGGUCUCACAUGGCUACCGAGUACAGAUCGGUUUCUGAAGACAGAGUUCUUGUGUUUGUGCCACCGCAUCCGUUAAUCAAGCACUGGAUUUCCGUGUUGAGGAAUGAGCAGAUUCCGUCUCCCGUUUUCAGAAAUGCAAUGGCUGAGUUGGGGAGACUACUUAUGUAUGAAGCUUCAAGGGAUUGGUUGCCAACUGUGACAGAGGAGAUUCAGUCAUCAACGGGCAUUGUAUCAGUUGAAUUUAUUGAUCCAAGGGAACCUGUGGCGGUUGUUCCCAUCUUGAGAGCUGGCCUUGCCCUUGUGGAGAAUGCAUCAUCAGUAUUGCCUGCAACCAAAACAUACCAUCUGGGAAUAGGCAGAGAUGAGGUGACUCUUUUGCCAACUGUAUAUUUGAAUAAGUUGCCGGAUAAAUUUUCUGAAGGUUCACGAGUGUUUUUGGCAGAUCCUAUGCUUGCCACAGGUAGAACAAUAGUGGCUGCACUUGACCUCUUAAACGAACGAGGACUGAAAAAUCAGCAAAUCAAAGUGAUUUCUGCUGUGGCUGCACCUCCAGCCCUUGAGAAGCUCAACCAGAAAUUCCCUGGUCUUCAUGUGUAUACCGGAAUGAUGGAUCUCGAUGUGAAUAAUAAAGGGGGCAUAAUUCCUGGAUUUGGAGAUGCUGGGGAUCGCAGUUUUGGUAUAUAGCUUGAUUAGGCGUGUCUACAUCAAGAGAGGUGGAAAGGGACAAAACUCCAUCUAAUUAUGGCAAAACUUCUCUUCCAGAAUUGGCAAAUUAUGAUAAGAGUCCGAUCUUAAUUGACUUAAAAAAAAGGGUUUCUUUGGGUUUUCCAUAAGUAGGUUUUGCUUUACAGUUCUGAUGAAGGUCACAACAAAUGAUCAUAAACAAAUUCUUUAGAAUUAUGCUGUGAAGAGAAAUGAAAAAUACUAGUAUACUCACUUUUAGUUUGUGUUUGUUUGAUAGAAUUUCUUAUGGUAAUUCUGGAUUAAACUAUGUUUGGUAUUUUUAUGUAGGAAAAUAUAUUUGGAAUGUUCAGAAAUACCUCUAAAUAUUCAACCUAUAAUACUCCAAAUAUCUAGAAUUGCUCCA